AUGAUCUCACUACAUGCUGUAGCUCGUAAGGCUGCGCGACAGCUUUCCCAAACCACUCAUCAAGCAUCAUCAUCUCGCUUCAACCAUACUGCUUCUCGCUCUAGCCAUAUUUCUACCCUGUUGCUCAAUCCCGAAUUAACAGAAGAAGACGCUUCUAACGAGUUACGAUGGAUCACUCAAGAAGUACGAGACACGUCUUCAAAACUCAUGGCUAAAGGGAAAUUACCUCCUGUAGAAGAUGAUCGUAUACAAGAGAUGGUUGAGAGGAGAAGUACAGGUGAACCAAUACAGUAUAUCUUAGGAAGUACAGAUUUUGGUCCUUUGACGAUAAAAUGUCGUAGACCAGUAUUGAUACCACGUCCUGAAACAGCCUAUAUAUUCGAAAAACUCUCUUCAGCAAUAUUAUCUUCAAUACCACCUUUAACGUCAUCGAAAAGACCAACGAAACCUUUGGAUAUACUAGAUCUAUGUACGGGUACAGGAUGUAUAUCAUUCUUGUUAUCUCGUCUAAAUCCAUUGAGUAAGGUCACGGGGAUCGACAAUUCUCCAGCUGCAAUUCAGUUGGCAAUGAUGAACAAUCAGGAAUUAGGAAUGACGGAUAAAGUUACAGUUAAAUUUGGUAAUUUAUUCAAAGAUCCUGCUACUUUAUUACCUCUUGAUGGUAGCAAAGUCGGUUUAGUCGUUUCUAAUCCACCUUAUAUACCUUAUGAUCAAUAUCAAAACUUACCGUCAAGUGUCAAGCAUUUCGAAAGUCCCUCUGCGUUAAUCGGAGAUAUAGAUAAACAAGAUGGACAAGUAAAAGGAAAAGGAAAAGGACUUGAAUUCUACGAAAGAAUAAGUGAGAUCUUACCGGACUUGCUGGCUGAUCAAGGUCAAUUGGAGCAAGUCGGCUGGAAAGGAAUACCUAGAACCGCUUUUGAGAUUGGAAUAGGUCAAUCAGAAGACGUAAUGGAUAUUUUAAAGAGUAGUAACGUCAUAGGUAGAACCGAAGUUUGGAAAGAUCAGUUUGGUAUUGAUAGAAUGGUAGUUGGUUGGAAUCAUUGA